AUGGGCCUCAACAAGCUCCUCACCCUCUCCCUCCUGGCCCUGCGCCUCCUCGCCCCGCAGGGCGUCGACGCCGCUCCCGCACCCGCUCCCGCGCCGCAGGCACCCGCACCCGCGCCCCCGGCCGCGGGCGGGUCCUCCUCCUGGUGGCUCUCGAGCAUCCAGCGCCAGGGCGCGCCGGCCUUUGGCGCGCCGGGGUACAAGGUCUUCCGCAACGUGCGCGACUACGGCGCCAAGGGCGACGGCUCGACCGACGACACGGCCGCCAUCAACAGCGCCAUCGCCGACGGCAACCGCUGCGGCCUCGGCUGCGACUCGCAGACCACGACCCCGGCCCUCGUCUACUUCCCGCCCGGCGUCUACGUCGUCAGCAAGCCCGUCGUCCAGUACUACUACACCCAGCUCGUGGGCGACCUCGCCUCGCCGCCGACCCUCAAGGCCUCGGCCGGCUUCCAGGGCAUGGCCGUCGUCGACUCGGACCCCUACACCGACCAGGGCGCCAGCUGGUGGGUCAACCAGAACAACUUCUUCCGGCAGGUGCGCAACUUCGUCAUCGACAUCACGGCGCUGCCCAUCACGCAGGGCGCCGGCAUCCACUGGCAGGUCGCGCAGGCGACGAGCCUGCAGAACAUCGUCUUCAACAUGCGCGCCGACAGGUCCGAGGAGAACGCGCAGAAGGGCAUCUUCAUGGACAACGGGUCCGGCGGGUUCAUGUCGGACCUGACCUUCAACGGCGGCGGGUUCGGCGCCUUCUUCGGCAGCCAGCAGUUCACGACGCGCAACCUGACCUUCAACGGCUGCAACACGGCCGUCUACAUGCAGUGGAACUGGGCCUGGUCGCUGCAGGGGGUCACGAUCAAGGACGCCGUCGUCGGCGUCGACAUGACCUCGGGCGGCGCCGCGGGCCAGAACGUCGGCUCCGUGCUGCUGCUCGACAGCGUCAUCGCCAACACGCAGACGGGCGUGCUGACGAGCUACAACCCGGCCUCGCCGCAGAGCAACGGCACCCUCGUCCUCGACAACGUCGACAUGUCGACCGUGCAGGUCGCCGUCGCCAGCGGCGCCAACAAGCAGCAGGUCCUGGCCGGCAGCUCCAAGAUCGUGUCCUGGGCGCAGGGCCGCACCCCCGGAGCCGCCGCGGGAGGCGCGGGAGGAGGAGGUCGCGUCGGCGCCUCCAAGGCCGUGCAGAGCCCGCAGCAGGCGCCCACCAAGCCCGGCGUGCUGCUCGACGCCGCCACGGGCAGGGUCUUCACGCGCUCCAAGCCGCAGUACCUCGACGUGCCGGCCAGCCAGUUCCUCUCGGUCAAGGCCGCGGGCGCCAAGGGCGACGGCAAGACGGACGACACGGCCGCCAUCCAGGCCGUCUUCGACAAGUGCCAGGGCAACCAGGUCGUGUACUUUGACCACGGCGCCUACAUCGUCAGCGACACGGUGCGCGUGCCCAAGAACAUCAAGAUCACGGGCGAGGUCUGGCCGCUCAUCAUGGCGAAAGGCGCGGCGUUCCAGGACCAGGCGAACCCCAGGCCCGUGUUCCAGGUCGGCCAGCCGGGCGACGUCGGCGGCGUCGAGAUGAGCGACCUCAUGUUCGAGACCGUGGGGCCCCAGCCGGGCGCCGUCAUGAUCGAGUGGAACGUCGAGGGCCGCACCGCCGGCGCGGCGGCCAUGUGGGACGUGCACGUGCGCAUCGGCGGGUCGGCGGGCACGGAGCUCGAGCUCGAGCAGUGCGCCAAGAACCCCAACGUCACGGCGCCGGCCAACCCCAAGUGCAUGGGCGUCUUCCUCAUGAUGCACGUCGCCCGGACCGGGUCCGUCUACCUCGAGAACACGUGGUUCUGGGUCGCCGACCACGCGCUCGAGCCGGCGGCGCACUCGCAGCAGAUCGACAUCUUCUCGGGCCGCGGCCUGCUCGUCGAGUCGUCCAAGCCCGUGUGGAUGUUCGGCACCGCGUCGGAGCACUCGGUGCUGUACAACUACCAGCUCAGCAACGCGAGCAACGUCUACAUGACGAUGCUGCAGUCCGAGACCCCUUACUUCCAGGGCAACCCGGACGCGCGCACGCCGUUCGCCGCCAACGCAAAGUACAACGACCCGGACUUCUCCAAGUGCAGCGGCCCGAAAUGCGCGCGGUCGUGGGGCUUCCGGGCCGUCAACUCGCGCGACGUCUUCGUGUACGGCGCGGGCCUGUACAGCUUCUUCGACAACUACGCGCAGCAGUGCGUGUCGGCCAACGACUGCCAGGACAACAUGGUCUCGCUCGAGGGGUCGAGCGUGCAGAUGUACGGCCUGAGCACCAAGGCCUCGGUCAACAUGCUGACGGUCAACGGGCAGAGCGCGGCGCUCGACAGCGACAACCGCAGCACCUUCUGCGCGACGCUGGCGCUGUUCUCGACGGCGGGCGGCGGCGGCACGACGACGCCGGCGCAGUAG